AUGAGCAUCUUUUACGUAACCAUCGCUGCAUACAUCUUGAUCGGCGGUGUCGGAGUUGGUAUUUUCCUAUGGGGCAAAGAGCAUGGAAACUCCUUCUUCGACAAGCUCUACCGCCUCUUCUGCAUGCAUUUUCCGAGACUGCUCAAGAAGGCUUUAGAGAAGGUUUUCGGCAAGAGAGCUCCUGCCGUGUUGGACGCUGCUUGGGUGUACGUUUGCUACACAAGCAAUCCGUUGUUGCUCGUCGUGGUGGGUGGCUACGCCACCUUUGUGGCAUACAGCCACCCUCACAUUCCGAACAAGCUGCUUAGCAAUGUCCACAAGUACAUCGGUUUUGGUAUCUUCUCUACUUGCCUGGCAAUCUGGUGGAGAGCCUGCACAGCCGAUCCGGGGAUUGUGACUCCUCAGAAUCUGGACAAGAUUUGCGAGAUUUGGAAGUGGGACGAGCAGAUCUUUCACAUGGCCGUCUGCAGAUCUUGCGAGCUUGCGAAACCGGCACGCUCCAAGCACUGCUCCCUGUGCAACCACUGCGUGGCAAGGUUCGACCACCAUUGCAUUUGGAUCAACAACUGCGUGGGUGUUGGAAACCACAAGUACUUCCUAGCGUUUCUGGGUGCACACCUCGUGAUCUGCUUUUACGGCUUCGGGCUCACGGCGACAAUCCUGUACAACCUGAUCGUGCAGAAGGAGCUCCUGAGCGCCGUCUUCGUUCGUCCGGACACUCGCGAACGGUUUCAAGCGACGAAGCUCAUGGUGAUGCAGUACUUGCUUGCCACGGAGGGCAUGGUGGUGUUCAUUUGCGCCCUCUGUUGCAUUAUGGGAGUCGUGCUCUUCGGCUUCUUCGGCUGGCACCUGUACUUAGUGAAAGCAGGGACCACAACGAACGAGCUGAGCAAGUGGAGCUACGUCAGGAUGUGCUUGAAACACGCCCGAGACCCGAUUAGUCCGGAGGGAAAGGAGAAGUUGAAGCUCCUCGUGAAUGAGUAUGACCAGGCCGGCCACGGCUAUGGGAAAGGGUUUGGCCCUUGCAAGCCAGCAUCGGCAUCUCCGUGUGAAACGGCUUUGCUCAGUGGCCUCACCGAGUGGCAGCUGCCCACGUCGGAGGCACCGCUGGCAGAGAUUCUGCUCCAAAAUGACAAGGUCGAGCUUGGCGAGAAGUACAACAUGAGAAUCAGUUCCCGAUUCCAGCCCUUGGUCGCAAAGACGGCGCACUAUCACUUCCCAUUGCCGACUUCCGAACAAAACAGGCGGUACAGCAAUGUGCGACAUAAGCAUCCGCCCGAGGGAGUUCCAUCCCUGGAGCCACCGAAGGACAAGAAGGAUCCUACUUCUACGUUGUCGAAGAGCCCUGAGAGGCAAACACCACUUCUGACGAAACUCCGACAGCCAGUGCAGGAGGGCAUGGCACGUCUUCGCCCGGGUGUCGCGUACAGCGUCUCGCGGCUAGAGGAAUGGUUCCUGCUGCUGGACACGAGCCGCUCGGGCGAGGUCACUGUGCGCAAGUUGAUCCUGGGGAUGAUGAAGCACCAGGAGAUCAUGGACCUCGUAUUCCUGCUGAGAGAGAAGUCCGAAGGCCGAUCAUGGCAGCUGAAGCCCGAGAGCAGGCCGACGGCUGGCAAGCUCACCCGGGACGACAUGCAGUGGGUGAGGGCAAUGCUGGAGGAGCUGGGGGCAGGGGGUGGUGCUUCGAUGACAUGGCCGGAGUUCGUUGACUUCUUCCGCCAGACAGGUCUGCUCCUGGAGUACAGCACUCGGGACGAGCUAAACCAAUCAGACCUGGGAGAAACAAACAUCGAAGACUUGCGUG